UCAGAGGAAGGGGGCGUGGUUGGGGGAGGGGGCGUGGCCUGCGCGGCGAGCUUCGGCGGAGCCGGCGGCAGGGUCACCUUAAAGGGGCCGCGCGGGGAUGGAGUAGGCAGCCGGGGCCGAGCGCCGGCCCCGCGCCCCCGCCAUGGCCGUGGGCACCCAGCUGCGGCUGCUGCUCUGGAAGAACUUCACCUACCGGCGGAGGCAGAGGGUCCAGCUGGCCAUCGAGCUCCUGUGGCCCCUCUUCCUCUUCUUCAUCCUGAUCUCCGUGCGGCAGUCCCACCCGCCGUUCAAGCAGCAUGAGUGCCACUUCCCCAACAAGGCCCUGCCGUCGGCUGGGACGCUGCCCUGGAUCCAGGGCAUCAUCUGCAACAUGCACAACCCCUGCUUCCGCCACGCCACGGCGGGCGAGGCCCCCGGCGCCGUGGGGAACUUCAACGGCUCCAUCCUCUCCCGCCUGCUGACGGACGCCCGGCGGGUGCUGCUCGGCGCCCGGGGGGAGCAGCUCCCGCGCAGCCUGGGCCGGCUCCUGCGCGCCCUGCGCCGGCUGCGGGGCAGCGCGGCUCUGCGGACGGCCCUGCCCGUGAGGGGCUACCUGAGGGCGCAGGAGAGCUUCUCCCAGUUCCUGCGCGCCAACACGUCGCUGCCGCCGGCGCUGGUGGAGGAGCUGCUGGGGGCUCGGCUCACCCCUCGCGUCCUCUCCCUGGCGGGCGCCCGCGUCCCGCUGAAGGCCGUGGUCUGCGACGCCUCGGAGCUGGGGGGCUUCCUGGCGGCGGGCGACGCCGCGGCCUCGCAGCGCCUGCAGCAAGGGCUCUGCGCCCUGCCCGGCCCCACGCUGCGCGCCGUGGAGCGCGCCUUCCUCUCCCAGCUGGAUUUCCCCCGGCUCGUCGCGGAGCGGCUCAGCUCGGAGGCGGACGACGUCGCCGACGCCGUAGGGGCCCUGGCCGCCGUCCUGCGCGGUGCCGAGGCCCUGCUGCAGGAGGGCUCCUCCACGACCAGCUUCGCGGAGCUGCGGCAGGAGAUCGGGGCGCUGGCGGCCCCCAACGGCAGCACCUCCCUGCCGGGCGCCUUCGGGGCCCUGUCCCGCAUCGCCUGCGGGCACCCCGAGGGCGGCGGGCUCCGCGUCCCCUCCCUCAACUGGUACGAGGACAACGACAUCAAGGCGUUCCUGGACCGCAACAGCUCCGAGCGGAGAGACGCGGCCCCCAGCGACGCCAGCAGUCCCUUCUGCAGAGAGCUGAUCCGGAGCCUGGAGUCCAACCCGCUUUCGCAGAUCUUCUGGCGGGGCAUCAAGCCCCUCUUCGUGGGCAAGAUCCUGUACACGCCGCCGGGCCCCGGCACCGACAGCGUCAUGGCCGAGGUGAACCGGACCUUCCGGGAGCUGGCCGUGCUGCGGGACGUGGGGGGCGCGUGGCGGGAGCUGGCGCCCCAGAUCUACACCUUCCUCAACAGCAGCCUGGAGAUGCAGCUCCUCCAGGAGCUGCUGCAGGUCCCGGGGACGGCGCAGCUCCUGGACGGGCUCCUCAACGGCACCUCCUGGAACCUGUCGGCCCUGGCCGGGUUCCUGGCCGCGCCGGCCCCGGGCCCCGGGCUCACCUGGCGCCAGGUGUACGCCGAAGCGGACCGGGUCCUGGGCACGCUGGCCCAGUUCAUGGAGUGCGUCUGCCUGGACAAGAUCGAGGCGGUGGCCACCGAGGAGCAGCUGGUGGCCAGGGCCUUGGAGCUGCUGGAGCAGCGGCAGUUCUGGGCCGCCGUGGUCUUCGAGCCGCCCGCGAACGCCACGGCCCAGGCGCUGCCCCCCCACGUCCGCUACAAGAUCCGCAUGGACAUCGACGACGUCACGAGGACCAACAAGAUCAAGGACAGGUUUUGGGACCCGGGCCCGGCGGCCGACCCCUUCAGCGACCUGCGCUACGUGUGGGGCGGCUUCGUCUACGUGCAGGACCUGGUGGAGCAGGCGGUGGUGCGGGUGCAGACCGGGGCCGCCCCGCGCACCGGCGUGUACCUCCAGCAGAUGCCCUACCCCUGCUACGUGGACGACGUGUUCCUGCGGGUCCUGAACCGCUCGCUGCCCCUCUUCAUGACGCUGGCCUGGAUUUACUCCGUGGCCAUGAUCAUCAAGGGGGUGGUGCACGAGAAGGAGGCGCGUCUCAAGGAGACCAUGAAGACCAUGGGGCUGAGCAGCGGCAUCCUCUGGCUCAGCUGGUUCCUCAGCAGCUUCAUCCCCUUCCUCCUCAGCUCGGCCCUUCUCGUCCUCAUCCUCAAGCUGGGGAACAUCCUGCCCUACAGCGAUCCCGCCGUGAUCUUCCUCUUCCUCGGCACCUUCUCGGUGGCCACCAUCUGCCAGUGCUUCCUCAUCAGCACCUUCUUCCCCCGCGCCAACCUGGCCUCGGCUUGCGGCGGCAUCAUCUACUUCUCCUUCUACCUGCCCUACGUGCUGUGCGUGGCCUGGCGCGACCACGUCACCUUCCCGCUCCGCGUCCUCGUGAGCCUGCUGUCGCCGGUGGCCUUCGGCUUCGGCUGCGAGUACUUCUCGCUCUACGAGGAGCAGGGCGUGGGCAUCCAGUGGCACAACCUGGGCGCCAGCCCCGUGCCCGGGGACCCCUACAACUUCGCCACGGCCAUGGCGCUGCUGCUGCUGGACGCCGGCCUCUACGGCCUGGCCACCUGGUACGUGGAGGGCGUCUUCCCAGGUCAGUACGGGAUCCCCAAGCCCUGGAAUUUCCCCUUCCUGAGGAGCUACUGGUGCGGCGAGGAGUCCUCGGCCGGGCACCCCCCGUUCCCCACCAGCCCCCCGGCUGCGCCCCAAGCGCUGAUGGAGGAGCCGCCGGCCCAGCUGCAGCCCGGAGUCUCCAUCCGCAACCUGGUGAAGAUUUACCGCAACAGCAGCCGAGUGGCCGUCAACGGGCUGAGCCUGGACUUCUACGAGGGGCAGAUCACCUCCUUCCUGGGCCACAACGGCGCCGGCAAGACCACCACCAUGUCCAUCCUCAGCGGCCUCCUGCCCCCCACCUCCGGCACCGCCUACGUCCUGGGCUGGGACGUCCGCUCCGACAUCGACAGCGUCCGGAAAACCAUGGGCGUGUGCCCCCAGCACAACGUGCUCUUCGACAUCCUGACGGUGGAGGAGCACAUCUGGUUCUACGGGCGGCUCAAGGGGCUCUCGGAGCAGCAGGUGAAGGCGGAGACGGAGCAGCUGAUCCGGGACACGGGGCUGCCCCACAAGCGCCGGGAGCAGACCAAGAGCCUCUCGGGCGGGAUGCAGCGGAAGCUCUCCGUGGCCAUCGCCUUCGUGGGCGGCUCCAAGGUGGUCAUCCUGGACGAGCCCACGGCCGGCGUCGACCCCUACUCCCGCCGCGGCAUCUGGGAGCUGCUGCUCAAGUACCGCAAAGGCCGCACCAUCAUCCUGUCCACCCACUACAUGGACGAGGCGGACCUGCUGGGCGACCGCAUCGCCAUCAUCGCGCGGGGCCGGCUCUGCUGCUGCGGGUCCCCCCUCUUCCUCAAGGCCAGGCUGGGCACCGGCUACUACCUCACCCUGGUGAAGGGGCAGCGGCCCGGGCCGGGCGGCAGCGCCGGCAGCGCCCCCGGCCCCCCCAGAAAGGACGGCAGCGACUCGGAGCGCAGCAGCGACACGGGGCUGGGCAGCGAGCGGGACAGCGAGGCCAGCGCUGUGGAUGUGCCCCAGCUGUCGGCUCUGAUCCAGAACCUGGUCCCGGGCUCCCGGCUGGUGGAAGACAUCGGGCACGAGCUGCUCUUCGUCCUGCCCUACAGCGGCGCCAAGGACGGGGCAUUUGGGGACCUCUUCCGGGAGCUGGACGCCCGCCAGGGCGACCUGGGCAUCUCCAGCUACGGCAUCUCCGACACCACCCUGGAAGAGAUCUUUCUGAAGGUGGCUGAGGACACGGGGAUGGACGUUGAUGUGGCAGGCAUCAGGAGAGCCUCCCGGCCAGGGAGCCAAGCCAUCCCCAGCGGGGACAGGGACACGGAAGCAGCUGAUGGGGAGCUGGCCGAGGAGCCGCAGGAGACGGAGCCGCUGCGCGGCGCGGCCGGCCGGGGGUCCCGCCGGGUGACGGGCUGGGCGCUCACCCGCCAGCAGCUCCGCGCGCUCUUCACCAAGCGCCUGCUGCACGCCCGGCGCAGCACCCGCGGCUUCUUCGCGCAGAUCGUCCUGCCGGCCGUCUUCGUCUGCAUCGCGCUGCUCUUCAGCCUCAUCGUGCCGCCCUUCGGGAGGUACCCGCCGCUGCGCCUGGAGCCCUGGAUGUACGGGCAGCAGUUCACCUUCUUCAGCGACGACGCCCCGGGGGACCCCGACACGGCUCGGCUCCUGGGCGCGCUGCUGGCCGAGCCGGGCUUCGGCACCAAGUGCAUGAAGGACGCCGGGGAGGCGACGGGGCCCUGCCCUCCAGCCUCCCACCCCGGCGGCUUCUCCGCCCCCCCGGCGCCCCCGGCCCUGCUGGCAGCCCUGCGCCGCGGGAACUGGACCCCGGCCGAGCCGUCGCCCGCCUGCCGCUGCAGCACCCCGGGGGCUCGCAGGAUGCUGCCCGACUGCCCGGACGCGGCCGGGGGGCUCCCGCCGCCCCAGGUGCGACGGGGCACGGGCGACGUCCUACAGAACCUGACGGGCAGGAACAUCUCCGACUACCUGGUGAAAACCUACCCCCAGGUCAUCCGCCACGGGCUGAGAAACAAGAAGUGGGUGAAUGAGCACAGGUACGGCGGCUUUUCGCUGGGCGCCCGCAGCUCCCAGGUGCUGCCGUCGGUGGAGGAGGUGGACGGGGCGGUCCUGGAGCUCCGGGCGCUGUUCAACGUCACCCCGGGCAGCCCCACGGACCGGCUGCUGGGCAACCUCAGCCGCUUCAUCGAGGGCUUGGACGCUCGCAGGAACAUCAAGGUCUGGUUCAACAACAAGGGCUGGCACGCCGCGGUGGCCUUCCUCAACGUGGCCAGCAACGGGCUGCUGCGGGCCAGGCUGCCGGCGGGGGCCGACCCGACGCGCUACGGCAUCACCGCCACCAACCACCCCCUCAACCUCACCAAGGAGCAGCUCUCGGAGGCCGCCUUGAUGGCCACCUCCGUGGACGUGCUGGUCUCCAUCUGCGUGAUCUUCGCCAUGUCCUUCAUCCCGGCGAGCUUCGUGGUCUUCCUCAUCGAGGAGCGGGUCAGCAAGGCCAAGCACCUGCAGUUCGUCAGCGGCAUGAAGCCCGUGACCUACUGGCUGGGCAACUUUGCUUGGGACAUGUGCAACUACCUGGUGCCCGCGCUGCUGGUCAUCCUCAUCUUCCUCUGCUUCCAGCAGAAGUCCUACGUGUCCUCGGCCAACCUGCCCUCCCUGGUCCUGCUGCUGCUGCUCUAUGGCUGGUCCAUCACGCCCCUGAUGUACCCGGCCUCCUUCCUCUUCAGCAUCCCCAGCACCGCCUACGUCGCCCUGACCUGCAUCAACCUCUUCAUCGGCAUCAACGGCAGCGUGGCCACCUUCGUGCUGGAGCUCUUCGUGGACCAGAACCUCAACGACAUCAACCGCGUCCUGAAGAAAGUCUUCCUCGUCUUCCCGCACUUCUGCCUGGGCCGAGGCCUCAUCGACAUGGUGAAGAACCAGGCGAUGGCCGAUGCCUUCGAGAGGUUCGGGGACAAGCGGUUCGUGUCCCCCCUGUGCUGGGAUCUGGCCGGGAAGAACAUGUUCGCCAUGGCCGUUCAGGGCGUCGUCUUCUUCCUCUUCACCCUCCUGGUGCAGUACCGCUUCUUCCUGCGGCUCAGGCCGUGGGCUCUGCAGCUGCCCUCGCUGGGCGAGGAGGACGAGGACGUGGCCCGGGAGCGCGCCAGGGUGGGCGGCACGCCGCGCCCCACCGACGUCCUGGUGCUCCGGGACCUGACCAAGGUGUACCGGCGGAGGAAGGCGCCGGCGGUGGACCGGCUCUGCGUGGCCAUCCCGCCCCGGGAGUGCUUCGGGCUCCUGGGGGUGAACGGUGCCGGGAAGACGUCCACCUUCAAGAUGCUGACGGGGGACACGGAGGUGACGCUGGGGGAGGCCUGGCUGAAAGGGCACAGCAUCCUCACCGACCUGCAGUCCGUGCGCCAGAACAUGGGCUACUGCCCCCAGUUCGACGCUGUCACCGACCUGCUCACGGGCCGCGAGCACCUGGAGUUUUACAGCCGCCUGCGCGGGGUCCCGGAGGAGGAGACGCCCGGGGUGGCUCAGUGGGGCAUCGCCAAGCUGGGGCUGGGGCCGCACGCGGACCGGCCCGCCGGCAAGUACAGCGGGGGCAACAAGCGCAAGCUCUCCACGGCCAUCGCCCUCAUCGGCUGCCCGCCCGUCGUCUUCCUGGAUGAGCCCACGACGGGGAUGGACCCGCGCGCCCGGCGGUUCCUCUGGGAUUGCAUCCUCAGCAUCAUCAAGGAGGGCAGGUCCGUGGUGCUCACGUCGCACAGCAUGGAGGAGUGCGAGGCGCUGUGCACCCGCAUGGCCAUCAUGGUGAACGGCCGCUUUCGCUGCCUGGGGAGCGUCCAGCACCUCAAGAACCGGUUCGGGGACGGCUACACAGUGGUGGUGCGGGCGGGCGGCCCGGGGCCGGCGCUGGUGCAGAGCCUCAUGCAGCGCUCCUUCCCCGGCAUCGCGCUGGCCGAGCGCCACGGCGGGCUGCUGCAGUACCGGCUGCCCUCCCGCGCCGGCUCCCUGGCCAGCGUCUUCGGCGUCCUGGCGGCCCAGCGCGGCCCCUGCCACAUCCAGGACUACUCCGUGUCCCAGACCACCCUCGACCAGGUGUUCGUGCACUUCGCCAGGGAGCAGAGCGACGACGACCCCGGCGGGGACCCAGCCCCGGCGCAGGACCCGGCGCCCGGCCCCGCGCGGAGGCUGACGCGGUUCCUGGAGGACGAGAGCUGCCGGGAGAGCGCGGUCUGAGGCCCCGCACCGCACCGGGGCCGGGGCUGCUGGCAAGCCCUGGAGCCGCGGGGGCCCGGCCGCGUCCUGACCGCUGCCCUGGGCGCGGGGCAGCAGCCCCGCGGGGAGGCCGGCUCGGCGCAGCGGGGGCCGGGGCUGGCCCUGGGACCCCCCCGCUCUCUGCCAGGGAAGGGGCUGGGGUAAAUUAGUCAGUUAAAUAAAGACACGCAGCACGG